AACAUAGAUUCUCCAAAUAAAUAGAAAUUCCUCUUUCUCAAUCACUCAGCUUCACUUCACCAUGUAUGUUUCUUCUUCUUCUCCUCUUCUCAUUCUUUUCUUCAUUUCCUUCGCUGUUUCAGUCAGUUCAGUUUCUGUGCGGCGAGGGACCCCACUUGACAUUACUUCGGAGCAAUCCGAUGAAACCCCCACUUACCUAUGGCCACUUCCGGCAGAGUACACUUCUGGCAACGAGGCUCUUGAUGUUGAUCCUGCACUCAAGCUCACCGUCGCCGGAAACGGUGGCGGCUCCGUCGUUCUGAGAGCGGGGUUUGAUCGGUACAGAGGGAUCGUAUUCAAGCACACUGGAUUGGGAUCGGGGUUUAGUUUUAUAAGAAAGCUGAGGGAGCGGUUGGUGUCGUCUGUUUCGGCAUACGAUGUUGACACAUUGAACAUCACCGUCCAUUCAGAAAACGAGGAGCUUCAAUUUGGAGUGGAUGAAAGCUAUACCCUGCUGAUUCCCAAAGCCAAGGAUUCUUCCCAAGUUACAAUUGAGGCAAAUACUGUUUAUGGUGCAUUGCGGGGAUUAGAGACAUUCAGCCAGUUGUGUUCUUUCGAUUAUACAACUAAAAAAGUAAAAAUAUACAAGGCACCUUGGUCCAUCCAAGAUAAACCUAGAUUUGCAUAUCGUGGGCUUUUGUUGGAUACAUCAAGGCACUAUUUACCAAUUAUUGUAAUUAAGCAGAUUAUUGAAUCUAUGUCCUAUGCUAAACUUAAUGUUCUACAUUGGCACAUCAUAGAUGAGGAGUCAUUUCCGCUGGAGGUACCUACAUAUCCAGACUUGUGGAAAGGUUCAUAUACUCGGUGGGAACGUUACACAGUUGAAGAUGCAUAUGAAAUUGUCAACUUCGCCAAAAUGAGAGGUAUAAAUGUGAUGGCGGAAGUGGAUGUCCCUGGUCAUGCAGAAUCAUGGGGGGCAGGAUAUCCUGAUCUUUGGCCAUCACCUAGCUGUAGGGAGCCACUUGAUGUUUCAAAGAAAUUUACUUUUGAUGUCAUUUCUGGUAUUCUGACAGGUUAAGCUCCUAUGAAACCUUA